UUCAAUUUUCAAGGAUCAUUUCCUUUAUUAGAUAGAGCUGUGUCAGGCUUUCCGAAAAGCGAGUGAACUCAAUUACACCACCAUGUUCAUCAUCCGAGUUCACUCAGUGGACACCGAGUUACAACUCGCCGACGCCGAAGAAAUCGAAUUCUAUGCCACCACCUCCCCAUCAAACCCUAACCCUAAAUUACGUGAAAGGAGAGGGAUCGUCAACCUCUAUCGAGAGGCCUCACAGAGCUCCCUCCCCAACCCUAGCUCUCGCUCCACUUCCCUCUUCGUCGUCGCCGUCCCCAACUAUCUCUCCGCCGCCGAUCUCGUCCGUUUCGCCGGCUCCCACCUCGAGAAUGUCUCCUACCUCCUCUUCAUCCGGAAUGAUGGAAUAGAAGAUAGGUAUAGCGUAUUAAUUGAGUUGGUUAACCAGUCGGCGGCUGAUGCGUUCUAUUUUAGCUUGAACGGGAAGAGGUUUUCGCCUGCUGAGGCUGAGUUAUGCCACAUCCUUUUUAUGCAUUCUGUCGAAUACACGGAAUUGUCCGAGAUUGCAAGCACGCCUCCUGAAGGAUUUGCUGCGUUGCCUACGUGCCCCAUUUGUCUCGAGAGAUUGGACCCAGAUACUAGUGGGAUACUUAAUACAUUUUGUGACCAUUCGUUUCAAUGUUCUUGCACGUCAAAAUGGACUUACAUGUCCUGUACAGUCUGCCGGUUUUGCCAGCAGCAGGACGAGAAUCCGGUCUGUUCUGUUUGUGGAUCUGGAGAGAAUCUUUGGAUCUGCUUGAUAUGUGGUUUCAUGGGGUGUGGAAGAUAUAAAGAAGGCCAUGCCGUUAGACAUUGGAAAGACACACAGCAUCGCUAUUCCCUUGAGUCGAUAUCACAGCAGAUAUGGGACUAUGUGGGUGAUGGUUAUGUUCAUCGAUUAAAUCAUUCAAGAGUUGAUGGCAAACCGGUCGAGAUGGACUCUCGUUGCACAUCAAUCGAAGGAACUUGUCGUUCCUGUGGCUGCGGUGAUGAUUCCAGAAUUAACGAGGUCAUCUAUAGCAGCAAAGUUGAAGCGGUUUUCGAUGAGUACAGCCGACUUCUGGCUACCGAGUUAGAGAAACAAAGACAAAAUUAUGAAUCUAUGCUCGCGGAAGCCAAAAGCAAAAGAGAGAGUACGAUUGCCGAAGCCGUGGAGAAGGCUGUGACAUCGGAAAUGCAGGACAUCCAGAGUAAUCUGGAUAAGUGCACAGAGGAAAAAAAUGCUCUUGCCGAGGUCAAUCGUAAGCUCAUAAAAGACCAACAAGUUUGGCGCGAUAAGGUCAAGGAAAUCGAAAAGAGGGAAGCCUCCGAGUCAAGGUUGAUGGAUGAGAAGAUAAUUGAUCUGGAAGAGCAGAUACGCGAUCUCAAGGUCUAUAUCGAAGCUCAGAAGACACUUGAUACGGCGGAUUCAGAUAGUAUCCGGGGUGGAACGGUCUUGCCUGUUCCGUCUACGCAAUCGUCAUCUGCUAGCAGCAGGAGGCACAAGAAAUCGAGUCGAAGACGGAAUUAGGUAAAUGCACAAUCAUGGUUUUUGUAUAGUUGAAUAGAUUCCUGAAGAUUAAGGAACAGUAUGAAUGGCCAAUGUCUUGUAACAUUUGCAUGAAGAUGAACAAGCUAAACAAAUUGGUGAGAUAUUAAACAA